GGUUCUCAUACUCUGCAGGAGCGUUCCUGCUGUUUGGAUUUCAAUCUCUGCAAAGAGGCAACACGAUGAAGACGACAAGUUUUGGUGUUUUAAUUUUCGCCCUGGCGGCUCUGAUGACGACCGCAGCAGGCUCGCUGAGAGAAAAAAGAGGAAGGGCAUUUUCUGUCUUCUCUGCUUCUGACUCCUCUUCGUCCUCUUCUUCUCUUUCCUUCUCCACCUUGUUUGACAAUUCAGGAGGGAUCUGUCUGAAUGGCGGCAGCUCCGUCCCGUCCUUGACGACUGGAGAACACAUGUUCUGUUUGUGUCCUGACGGUUUCGAGGGGACACGCUGUGAAACAGCGACGCGUGUCGAAUGCUACGAGGGUGUUGGACUUUACUACAAAGGGAAAGUGUCCAAAUCACAGAGUGGACGGACAUGUGAGGACGACUGGAAUUUAGACACCAGGGAGCGCUACAUGACUUCGGACAUCAACGCAGGGAGACACAACUACUGCAGGAAUCUUCACUACAAACGGCGUCCGUGGUGUUACGUAAGGAAAAACCGGAAGAUUGUGUGGGAGUACUGUGGUAUUCCACGUUGUGGUUCAGAGUCUUCCCCACCUUCGCCUGAAACACCACCGCCCCCGCCGGCGCCCACUACGCCAGAGCCAGCUGCAGAGUCCACGUGUGGCCAGCGCUCCCGCAGAAAGCACAUGAAAAUCGUGGGUGGAACAGUUGCCACUGUGGAAACGCACCCGUGGAUCGCUGCCAUAUUUUGGCGAAGCAAAUCCAAGGAGACGGUGUUCCGUUGUGGGGGCAGUCUGAUCUCGUCCUGCUGGGUCCUCUCAGCCGCCCACUGCUUCCCUGACGGCUCCCACAGAAAGCCGCGCCGCUUCUCCGUCAUCCUGGGAAAAAAUGCGAUGAAUGAGACAGACAGGACUGCGGAGCAAAAUUUCAAGGUGGAAGAAAUCAUCCUCCAUGAGGGGUUUGACAACAGUGACGGAGACUUCAACAACGACAUCGCUCUGCUGAGGCUGAGGGACAGACAGGGGAGGUGUGCAAAAGACAGCAAAUUUGUGAAGACGGUCUGUCUGCCGCCGCCGCAGCAGAGGCUCCAGGCCGGAGUCACCUGUGACAUCGCUGGAUACGGGAAAGAGAAAUACGGUUUGUGGUACAAGUCUAAUUUCCUCAGAGAGGCUCAGGUGAACCUCCUCGCCGACGAUGUGUGUCGACACGAGGACUAUUAUGGAAACAUGAUCAGUGAUAACAUGUUUUGUGCCGGUCGUCCCGACUGGAGCCGCGACGCCUGCGAGGGAGACUCCGGAGGGCCGCUGGUGUGCCAGGUCGGCAGCAGGCUCUUCCUGUUCGGAGUCGUCAGCUGGGGCGAAGGUUGCGCCCAGGAGAAUCGACCCGGCGUUUACACCAGAGUGACCAACUACAACCGAUGGAUAGCAGAGAAGACGGGGCUGCCGUCCAUCGCUGCCGGAUCCAUGUUUCCUCAGAAGUGAAAGUAUUUUAUAUUUUUCUUAACAAAUCCCAUGAAAAGAACGAAACCAAUGAUGAAUGUAUCUAUUAGAAAGAAAGGCCGGGUCUAGGCAUGCUCCACCUGCCCCACUCAC